AAGGUUGGGAAGCUUCUAAAAAAACACCCAAGGUCAGAUUUUUCUUUAUAAACUGGUAAGUGGUCAAUUGUAGGAAUCAACCCAUCUUCCCCAAACCAAAUCUCUAGUAGUCCUCUCCGCAGAUCAAUUAGACGCUAAACUGCUCUGUUUGAAGUUAUGGAGAAUCAGCAGGUCAAGGGUUCGAGGGUGUUGGUGGUCGACUCGGCCAAAUCAUGGGAAUACAUUAUGACCCAAGCCAAAAUCCAAGCAUGCCCGAUGGUAGUCCAUUUCACAGCAGCCUGGUGUGCACCCUCCAAGUUCAUGGCAGGCUUCUUUGGGGAGUUGGCCCUCAAGUACCCAGAUGUCCUGUUUCUCUCAGUUGAUGUGGAUGAGGCCAAGAGUGUUGCAGAGAAAUUGGAUGUAAAGGCUAUGCCCACCUUUCUGUUAAUGGAAGAAGAUAAGCAGGUGGUUGACAAAAUAGUGGGAGCCAACACAGAGGAGCUGCUCAAAAGGGUGUCUCUCUUUGCACAGAAGACUCGCCAGGCCUCCCAAGCCAACUGACAUUCUAUGGAACCUUCUUCUUCACAAAGUUGUAAAUUUAGAUUUGGUGUGUUCCUUGCUUUUCCUGUUGUUUGAUGGGGAUGCAAUACAAAUCUUUCAUGGUUUCCUGUUUUAUCUUCUCCAAGUUUGGAAUGUUUUCCUGUUCUACUUAACAUCAAACAGUUUUGACAGUAAGUGUUAAAUGGUGAAAAAAAAAUUCUAUUA